CGCCUGCGGCCGCGUCUGCGGCGCCCGCGCGACUCCCGUCCCGGCGGCAGUGGCGGCGGCGGCCGCGGAGGCGGCGGCGGCGGCGGCGGCAAAAGCCGGAGGGCAGCCAUGGCUGCCGACAGCCGGGAGGAGAAAGAAGAUUGCCAGGAUGGCUCCAGCUGGUUGUUUGCAGAUGGAGAACUUAAUGUUUUAGAUGAUAUUUUGACUGAAGUACCAGAGCAGGACGAUGAACUGUAUAAUCCAGAGAGUGAACAAGAUAAAAAUGAGAAAAAAGGAUCAAAAAGAAAAAGUGACCGAAUGGAAUCUACUGACACCAAGCGACAAAAGCCUUCUGCCCAUUCAAGACAGUUGAUUUCUAAGCCACUAAGUUCAUCUGUUGGCAACAAUAAAAGAAUAGUUAGCACAAAAGGAAAGUCGGUCACAGAUUAUAAAAAUGAGGAAUAUCAAAGAUCUGAAAGAAACAAGCGUCUAGAUGCUGAUCGGAAAAUUCGUCUAUCAAGCAGUUCCUCUAGAGAACCUUAUAAGAGUCAACCUGAAAAAACUUGUCCUCGGAAAAGGGAUCCUGAACGAAGGACCAAAUCUCCUACACCAGAUGGUUCUGAGAGAAUUGGGCUUGAAGUUGAUAGACGUGCAAGCAGAUCCAGCCAGUCUUCAAAGGAAGAAGUGAACUCUGAAGAAUAUGGCUCUGACCAUGAGACUGGUAGCAGUGGUUCUUCUGAUGAGCAAGGCAACAACACUGAGAAUGAGGAGGAAGGAGUGGAAGAAGAUGGGGAGGAAGAUGAAGAGGUAGAAGAUGAUGCAGAAGAAGAUGAGGAAGUAGAUGAAGAUGCAGAGGAGGAGGAAGAGGAAGAGGAGGAGGAGGAAGAGGAGGAGGAGGAAGAGGAAGAGGAAUAUGAACAGGAUGAAAGAGACCAGAAGGAGGAGGGAAAUGAUUAUGACACACAAAGUGAGGCCAGUGAUUCUGGUUCUGAGUCUGUUUCCUUCACAGAUGGAUCUGUCAGAUCUGGUUCAGGAACGGAUGGAUCAGAUGAGAAAAAAAAGGAAAGGAAGAGAGCUCGAGGCAUAUCACCCAUUGUUUUUGACAGAAGUGGAAGUUCUGCAUCAGAGUCAUAUGCAGGUUCAGAAAAGAAGCAUGAGAAAUUAUCAUCUUCCGUUCGUGCUGUCCGAAAAGAUCAAACCAGUAAACUCAAAUAUGUUCUUCAGGAUGCAAGAUUUUUCCUCAUAAAGAGUAACAACCAUGAGAAUGUAUCUCUUGCCAAAGCUAAGGGUGUAUGGUCCACAUUACCUGUAAAUGAGAAGAAAUUAAAUCUUGCAUUCAGAUCUGCAAGGAGUGUUAUCUUAAUAUUUUCUGUCAGAGAAAGUGGAAAAUUUCAAGGGUUUGCCAGACUGUCUUCAGAGUCACAUCAUGGUGGAUCACCUAUACACUGGGUACUUCCAGCAGGAAUGAGUGCUAAAAUGCUUGGAGGUGUCUUUAAAAUUGACUGGAUUUGCAG